AUGGUGUUCUCGCUGGGUGUGCGCAGUCUGUGCGCAGAGCAAAGUCGAGCGCUUUGCGCGCGUGCGCAGGUGGUGCCGCUGGACUGGUGGCCGCUGACGCGCGACUGCCUGGCGUACGGGGUGACGGUGGCGCUCAUGAUCUGCAUCAUCCACGACGAGCGCGUCGAGUGGUACGAGGCGCUCACUCUCGUGCUGCUCUACAUCGUCUACAUCGCAGGGGAUAGAAAGGAAGAUGGAAGUGCUUUUGCAAAGUAG